UUCCUUAACCCCAUACCCUUCUCUCUUCCUUAUAUAACCUAAUAAACACCACCACUAACAAAUCUCUUUACCUCCACUUUUGGCUUCUAUUUCAUCCAAACCCUAGAUCUCAAUUCCGAGCCCCCCUCUCUCUCUCGCUCUUCGCCUCCUCCGAUCUCCGCCACAAAAGGUUGAAGAUGGUGUCGGACGCGAGCAAGAAGAAGGCGGCGCAGAAGAAGGCGGCGGCGGCGGCCAAGAGAGGAGGAAAGGCAGCCGCGACUUCGUCGAAAUCGGCUGCGGCGGCGUCGGAUUCGCAGAACGGAGCGGAGAAGUUGGCGAACGGGGUUGAGGCGCUUCUGAUUUCGGAUCGGACUUGCACUGGUGUGCUCUGCUCGCAUCCUCUCUCCCGAGAUAUCCGCAUAGAGUCUUUAUCUGUUACUUUUCAUGGACAUGAUCUAAUAGUUGAUUCUGAGCUGGAGCUUAACUAUGGCAGACGUUAUGGUUUGCUUGGGUUAAAUGGGUGUGGAAAAUCUACACUUCUUACUGCAAUAGGACGUCGAGAGCUUCCAAUUCCUGACCACAUGGAUAUUUAUCAUCUCUCGAGGGAGAUUGAAGCUUCUGACUUGUCUUCACUUGAGGCUGUCAUGGAAUGUGAUGAGGAGAGGUUGAAAUUGGAAAGAGAAGCUGAAGCUUUGGCUGCACAGGAUGAUGGGGGUGGUGAAGCUCUUGAACGCAUUUAUGAACGUCUAGAAGCCAUGGAUGCAGCAACCGCAGAGAAACGUGCAGCUGAAAUCUUGUUUGGUCUUGGAUUCGAUAAGCAGAUGCAGGCAAAGAAAACUCGGGAUUUUUCAGGAGGAUGGAGAAUGAGGAUUGCUUUAGCGCGGGCUCUCUUUAUGAAUCCAACCAUCCUGUUGCUUGAUGAACCUACCAAUCAUCUUGAUCUAGAGGCUUGUGUCUGGUUGGAGGAAACUUUGAAGAAGUUUGAUCGCAUCCUGGUUGUGGUAUCACACUCCCAGGACUUCCUGAACGGUGUCUGCACAAACAUUAUCCACAUGCAAAACAAGGCAUUGAAGAUUUACACUGGUAACUAUGAUCAAUAUGUUCAGACCCGUUCUGAACUGGAAGAGAACCAGAUGAAACAGUACAAGUGGGAGCAGGAGCAGAUCGCGUCAAUGAAGGAAUAUAUUGCUCGAUUUGGGCAUGGGUCAGCAAAACUAGCUCGACAAGCACAGAGCAAAGAGAAAACAUUGGCAAAAAUGGAGCGAGGUGGACUUACUGAGAAGGUUGCGAGAGACAAGGUAUUGGUCUUCCGCUUUGUUGAUGUUGGGAAGCUUCCUCCUCCUGUGCUUCAAUUUGUGGAAGUAGCAUUUGGUUAUACACCUGAUAAUCUCAUCUACAAGAACCUCGACUUUGGGGUAGAUUUGGACUCAAGGGUAGCUCUGGUUGGUCCCAAUGGAGCUGGUAAGAGUACACUGCUGAAGCUGAUGACAGGUGACGUGGUUCCUACUGAUGGCAUGGUUCGGCGGCAUAAUCACCUUAGAAUUGCACAGUUCCAUCAACAUUUGGCUGAGAAACUUGACUUGGAGGUGUCUGCCCUUCAGUACAUGAUUAGAGAGUACCCAGGAAAUGAGGAAGAGAAAAUGAGGGCAGCAAUUGGGAAAUUUGGACUGACUGGUAAAGCCCAGGUGAUGCCUAUGAAGAAUUUAUCAGAUGGGCAAAGGAGCCGGGUGAUCUUUGCAUGGUUGGCGUACAGGCAACCUCAGUUGCUGCUGCUGGAUGAGCCAACUAACCACUUGGAUAUUGAGACCAUUGACUCCCUGGCUGAGGCAUUGAAUGAGUGGGAUGGGGGUUUAGUUCUUGUUAGCCAUGAUUUCAGGCUUAUUAACCAGGUUGCCCAUGAGAUAUGGGUGUGUGAGAAUCAAGCUGUUACCCGGUGGGAGGGUGAUAUUAUGGACUUCAAGGCGCAUCUCAAGCAAAGGGCUGGUUUAUCUGAUUGAAGCCUUUAGGGGGGUGGAUCCAUCACUUGAGAGAGUAUUAUUAGUAAACCCUAGCUUUUACAUAAUAUUACGGUUUAAGACAGGGAUUAGCGCAUCUGAUUGAGUUCUUCUCAGAGUGGCUUUUGCUGAAAGCCAACGAGCAGAAUGGGUCAUGAAGGCUUCGUUAUUCUGAUUAUUGUUUCAUGCUAACAGGUUCCAUGACCCCUUGCUCGGCUAGGUGAUAUUUUUUGUAUUUCGUCAUUUAUCUUUGUGCUUCUAUUUUUACUUGGUUGUUGACCCAAGUAUUUUAACAAUAUUUAUUUGUGAUGGUCAUAACGCAUAUUUGAACCAUCUUGUACCUGUGGUUUCCUCGAGAAUGAUAUGUACUGGAGAGCGUAUUUGCUAUAUUAUUUUAGCCCUACAUUCCUAC